GUGCCGGAGCUCGGCGCGCCUAAAGGUAGCAGGCACUACGUGUGCCUGCAACCCUUGACCUUUCUCCUGAGUCUGGUUUCGGCUGAUUUGUGGUCUGCAAACAACAGUGACCUUGAACUGCGAGUGAACAGACCGUGUGAACCGGACACAGACUGGAGGACGCUGGUUGAUGCGCACGCACGGUUUACUUCCACACUUCGGGCUCGCACAUAGCUGAGAUGCAAAAAUGGUGCACUACUCUCUGGAUCCAGACAAUCCCACAAAAUCAUGCAAGUCACGGGGAUCCAACCUGUGAGUGCAUUUCAAGAACACUCGAGAGACUGCCCAGGCCAUCAAGGGCAUGCACAUCCGCAAGGCCACCAAAUACUUAAAGGAUGUCACCUUGAAGAAGCAGUGUGUCCCCUUCUGGCGCUACAACGGGGGAGUCGGUAGAUGCGCCCAGGCCAAGCAGUGGGGCUGGAUGCAGGGACGCUGGCCCAAGAAGAGUGCAGAAUUCUUGCUGCACAUGCUCAAAAAUGCAGAGAGCAAUGCUGAGCUCAAGGGUCUUGAUGUGGAUUCUCUGGUCAUUGAGCACAUCCAGGUCAACAAGGCUCCCAAAAUGCGCCGACGCACCUACAGAGCACAUGGUAGGAUCAACCCCUACAUGAGCUCCCCGUGUCACAUCGAGAUGAUCCUCACGGAGAAGGAGCAGAUCGUACCCAAGCCAGAGGAGGAAGUUGCUCAAAAGAAAAAGAUAUCCCAGAAGAAGCUGAAGAAGCAAAAGCUAAUGGCUCGAGAUUAAAUCUGCUCUGACAGAUGUACAUAAAUAAAAAGAGAAAGUUUA